AAGCUCUCAUCCAUCUGCACCAGACUGUGGGAGCUCUGAGCAGCUCCUUCAGUGGCAGACUGAUCCACCCACAGUGUAGGAAGGACUGCUACCGCAGAUCCUUCAUCGCCACCGCUGUUAGACUGGACAAUGUAGAGGUCUGACUGGCUCUCAUAUCUGCACUCAGAUAAACGUAGGUUAAAAAAACUGCAAUUUUUACAGGGAAAACGAAAAGCAUCAUGACACUAUCUACUGAAGUAACGAAGGCGGAAGUGCAUUGAGCGAUCUAUCUCGUGUUUAACGUUGCAUCGUUACUCUUUGACUGAGCGUUGCUGUACUCUGCUGCCCCCUGCUGGACAGUUACGUCGCGCGUGAAGGCCCGUUGUGACCCGUGGAUGACCUCAGAAAACAGCCAGAAAAAUUAACAUUAAAACACAUUUCAAUUACAGUUGGCCUGUUACGUUUGAAUACGCACUAAAAUAUACGCAUAUUACGCGAAUACGUUUUAUAUUUGUGCCGUGGGAGCAGUUGCACAGACUGGAGGCUCUCAAAUGUGAAUGGGGAGAUGUGGUGCUACCAUAAACCAGGGUUUGAAGCCCGCCUCCUCGCUGAGCUACAGAGACAACAACAAUGUAGUCAGUACUGUGACACACUGCUCAAGGCAGACGGUGUGACGGUGCCCGUACACAGUUGCGUCCUCUCCGCCGUCAGCCCCCAGGUGUCCUUCGCUCUGUCGUCCAUGCCGGUGCCUCCUGCAGGACAGAGGCGUCUCCUGGAGUUUGGCUCGUUUGGCGCCGACACCCUGCUCCACGUGGUCCGGCUGCUGUACUCCGGAGAGAUGGCGGGGCAGUGCGACAGGGAGAAGCAAGAGGCGGUGUCGGCCGCAGCCAUGCUGGGCAUCCACGGCCUGGUGGAGGUCACCGGGAGGGACCCCGCGAGCAGAGACGGAGCAGGAGGAGGCCGGCGCGCAGAGGUCGGGGUGCAGACGGAGCCCCGCGUUCCAGAGGAGAGUGGGGCGGGACAGGGCAUAUGGAGGAGAGAGGCGAGGGACGGGAGCAUCCUUCUGUGGAAAGAGGUUCUGCCAGAAGGCCAGGAGGACACGGGCACUCAGGCCACACAGACAGAGGAGCCGGACAUAAGCACGGCUCUGCCGAUUCACCCGACAGCCUCCUUGAGCACAAUCGAUGCAAGUGCUCUUCACAGCUUGGGACAGACAGACUCUCAUUUUGUCCACUCUCAAGUCCCCUAUGCGCCCGUCUCCUUGGUCUACCGGACUGAUAACAGUGAAACAGCAGCUCCUCACCCGCAACCAACAGCCUCUAUAGAAUCAGCUGGACCCCCGUCAUAUUCCUCUGCCCCCCCGUCUGUUAAUCUUCUGCCAAACCAAAUGACCCUGUGCUCCGCAGACCCGCCAGGGGCCGACAGGGAUGUCCCAGCUGGUGAAGACUGGGGGGGCGAGCGGCUCGAGCAGUUCCAGGACAACAUACCGGGGUUCAUCAAUUACUUCCUCAACCCGGACAAGGAGGAGGGCUCCCACUGCGGGCGCGCGGGGAAGAGGCGAAGACCGCGGGUGAGAGGCGGCAGGAGCAGCGCGGGCGAAAGCAGACCCAGAGAGAGGAGGAGGGGGCGGCUGACUGAGAUCGUGGAAGUGCAGGAUGUGGGCGUGAGCAGGCUGCAGAAGCUGUUCCUGCAGAAAGGCGGGAGGGGGCCGCCCAAACCGGGUCAGGGCGGUGGAGCUGUCGGCAGGAGGCUGUGCGUGAAAACCAGAGAGCUGCUGAAACGGGCCAAGAGGGGGCAACAGUACAGCACGGAGUGGGACGUCAGCCAGAGUGAGAAGAUGCUGACGUUCACGGAGCGAGGACAAGGACGGCGCGUUAGCAAGCAGAGUGGAGGGAGACACACAGAACAGCAGCCCAAACAGAGCAUUCCUCCUGCUGGCAGUGCUCGGAAGGCCAGAGUCAAACCAGCAACCUCCUCCCUUUCCUCCUCAUCUGCCUCCAAUCCCUCUCGCCGGCUCUUCUCGUCUCCCAGGCUGCGCUCACCUGCGGCCGCCGGCUCCCCUCCAGCAGCCUCUCCCCUCCACCCCUCCUCCCUCUCGCCCCCGGCUGCCCCCGCUCAGGAGGGGCCGCCUGAGCACAUCGAUCUCCUCCUGGAGGAAGUGAUGAUGGGCCUUGACAUUUUAUCGAGCAACAACGCUGAUCCGCGCGCGGAGCCCGCUGAUCAAAACAGCUUCAAGAGUCUCAGAAGCAUGUGUGCGUCCUCUCAGAGUAAUUUGACCCAGAACAAACAAGAUCCAUCCACGGAAAUGGAGUCACGUCCGCCAGGUGUGCGCGGGCCUCCGCCGGCUGGUGCUGCAGCGGGCUCUCGUGAGGUGCUCCAUGUGCAGCAGGAGGAGGGAGAGCUGACGGAUAUCCUGGAUCACUUCCUCCAGUCGUUUGAGCAUCACAUUUGCGACUGCGACGCCGGAGACAAACCUGAGGCGGCCGGUAGGAGCUCUGCGAGCGCAGGCCAGCCUUAUUCUGCCCAGCCCCACAGCAGGACGAGGCGGACGUGCAGACUGCAGCCGGCCACGAGCUCCCACACGGCCGCACUGCAGCAGAGUGUCAGAGCUGGCGAGCAGUCGAGGCGUUCAAUGACCGACGUGACGAUAGCUCGCGGCGGUGCUCUUCCAAAGCGGCGUGGGAGGCCGCCGGGGAAGGCCCGGUCAUCAGGCAGGCAACGGCAGAGGAAGAGGAGGGGGACGCGCAAACAUGUGUCCUCACCAAAGAAAAGGAAGACGACUUCAGAGUCACUGAGGACUGGAAUGUACCAUGAGCAGGAUAAACAGCUCCAGCAGAGGCCUGUGGUGAGACUGGAGAGGGGCGACGCUCUGCUGGUGAAAGCUAAACUGAGUCAAGAAGAGAGUCCUACACAUACAGAGAUGGGCAGAAAGUUGUACCCGAUCAGGAAUCGCCUGCAGACAGCUAAUGUGGAGGGACCAUCUCUUCACAAACCGGGGGACCAAGGAUGGAAGUCCAACUCAAAUGGACUUCUUUGCGCUUCAUCUAACGGUGAAGUUCCAGCGCCACAAAUCCAGCCAGAGAGAAGACGCGAGGGACAGGGGGACGUCUCGGCCGCCCAGCCGCAGGACGAGCUGGAAGCAGCCCGGAUCAGGGGUCAGAAGAGGAGAGCGGCGUCAGAGGAGGCAGCGGGCGACGAGGCCUCGGUGCUGAAGAAGGUUUGUGCCGAGCAAACUGAGACGAAUGUGGACGACGUCGUGGAUGUGGAGACGGUCUCAGCGUCCGGCGCCGGAGACGGCUUACAGCGAGGAGGAGGAGCUGGGAACGGGCCGUGGAGCCAGACGCCGCUCAGCGAGACGAGGGACAGGUCAGCGGAGGAGUGCGACAGCGAUGAGAUAAUCAGUGUGGACGGAGUCACCGACCUGGAGAGAAAGGACGACUGGGUCGGCGUCCGCUGCCAGUCCAGAGCACAGGCUCCUCCACUAGAAUCGGGGAGAAGAGCCAGUCUGGGCUCCACGGGCGGCUCCGAGGACGAGGACAUCAAUGUGAUCGGGGGCUCCAGUCCCCUCAACGCUGCAGCGAACGUCAGCUGGGCCGAGUCUCCAGAACGCGGAGGAGGAGACGAAGGAGACGAGGACGUGGACGUGGUUUGAGAACAGGGCGAUCACACCUGUGUCUUACUUUUCUACUUGUUAUAUUACAGAAAAUUGCUUUCACCUGAGUUUUAAGAACAUAUAUUAGAGCAGCACUGGCUCAUUCUAAAUAUGUGGUUUUAUUUAUGUGCCGUAUGUCGUUUUUGCUUUUCUUUAUCUGACAAUAACACGCCUGGUUUUUGUUUUUAUUCUUGCUAACUGUCCAAAGACGCACAACGACACUAAAGCGAUCAGGACCCGACCCGUGUAGAGCAGACUGCAGCCGACUGCCGGGAUCUGUGCUGUUUUUUUAGGUUCAUAAACUGUGAGUUUUAAGCACAAAUGUUCAGUGAAGUUAGUUUUAUCAGUGUUGAAACUGACAUCAAGAGGUUAGUAAUCCAAAGUCCGUCUAAGCAACCUGGGGCAUUUUAUUAAAUAUGGUUUUGUUGUAAAUAUUGCAGAUGUUGGCCUCUGUUCUGCCUGAAAAGCUGUUAAUGUUUUAGGAAGUCCUCCUUUAGUAUUGUAAAGUUACGUUGGACGUUUGUUGUAGCACUUUUGAAUCAACUCUGAUUUCUGCUAUAAAGAUUUCUUAUGAUUU